AUGUCUCUCGCCGAUGAGAAAUUGGAAACGACUGAUGCUUCUCCUGGCUUAUCCAGCCAUUCCCGCGAUGAUCUCGAGAAGAGAUUAGUGAGGAAGCUCGAUCAACGUAUGUCCAUCAUCGUGCUUUUGUAUACCAUGAACAAUGUCGACAGAGCGAAUAUCACUAGCGCACGGUUGGCAGGUUUUGAGGAAGACCUGCACCUGCAGGGGAGUCAAUACGCGACGCUCUUGUCUAUCACCUAUGUGGGAUUCAUUAUCAUGCAAGUGCCAGCGAACAUGUUUCUGCACUGGCUAGAGAGACCUGCUAUCCUGAUUCCAUGGAGUAUGGUGAUAUGGGGUAUAAUAUCAAUAUUAACAGGGCUCACACAGAAUUAUACUCAGGUUCUUCUCGCCCGUUUACUCCUUGGUUUCGCCGAAGCACCUUUCUUCCCUGGCAUCAUGUUUCUUAUAUCAGGAUGGUAUAAGCGAGACGAACUCGCUGUGAGAGUGGCACUCAUUAAUUUUGGAAGCGUGCUUAGCACUGCGUUCGGAUCCCUGUUUGCAUCUGGUGUACUUACAGGCAUGCAGGGAAUACUGGGUCAAGCCGGAUGGAGGCGAGAUACGUGGUUGUUUUACCUCGAAGGUGGCAUCACGACCAUAGUCGCGAUCAAUGCGAUGUUCAUACUCCCUAGCUUUCCUCACAACACCAAAUGGCUCACUCCGGAGGAAAGAUCACUCGCUAUCUCUCGCCUUGCAGACGAUGGGUAUGGAAGAAUGGACGGGCCUGGGACACGGACGUCCAUACAAGGACUGCGGGAUGCUCUGUGCGACUGGAAGGUAUGGUGGUUUACAAUCUUUCUCACCAUCGAACGUAUCGCGCUGUCAUACGGCGUUUAUUUCCCGACGCUCGUCGCGAGUAUGGGAUAUGAUAUGACGGUGACUUUGAUGCUCGUCAUUCCUCCAUCAGUGCUCGCCACGAUUGGCGCUUUUGUUUUUUCAAGGUACUCUGACCGUACGCAAAAGCGUGCCAUGUUUAUCAUUGCAUCCAAUGCAUUGGCUGCCGUCGGAUUCAUCAUGUCCUUCUGUACGAUGAACACGGCCGCGCGCUAUAUUUCCCUGUUCCUGAUGAAUCAAAACGCCGGCGGACAAAUGGUAUUUUGGGCAUGGAUAAAGAAUACUUUCGCCAGAGAACCCGCAAAGCGAGCUGUCGCUAUCGCUGUGAUCAGUGGAUUGUCUUCGGUGGGGAGCAUCGCUGGACCGUUCCUCUGGCCUCUCAACUGGGGCCCGACAUAUCGUCAUUCGUACGCCAUAUGCAUCGCAACGCUUGGGGUGGCGACAGCCAUGAUUGGUGUCAUGCAUUUGCAUUUGAAGUGGGUGAAUGCGCAGAUUGAGAGGAACGAGCAAGAUGUAAAGGAUAUCAACGAACUUCCGGACCCUGUUGGUUUUAGAUAUCUGGUGUAG